AUUUCACCGACCAAAGUGUUCAUGUGCCAAUCAAAAGGAGAUGAACCAAUUAUCAAGUCAGUAAACUUAAUAAACAAUUCUAAAAUGCCUGGACAGUAUCACGUGCAAUAUGAUUGGACGAAUUGUCCGAUAAAAUGUCAUCCAUCGUUCGGAGUCAUUCAAAAUCGGAUUCAGAUCAAAUUGGAACUAAAACCCAUUAAAAUCGGAUAUUAUUAUAAACGGCUCUAUAUUCUGAUUGCGUACCAUCACCCCGUUUACAUUGAUAUAUACGCAUUUUCUGGUACGAUGAUAGGGGAUCCAUUUUCCUACUUCAAGUCGCCGUUCGGACCAUUGCCGAAACCUAAAAACAAUUACAUCGAAUUCUUUAAAGACGUCGCGCAUCCUAGGAAUGAUGUACAACAUCGAGUAAUCGUAUCACCGAAAGAAUUGCGAUUCGGUUACGCGAGGAAUACAAAAACCUUGAAAUUUAACGUACACAACGAUUCCGAUACAACACUUUUCAUAAACUGGAUACACGAACCCAGCAGUGAUAACCCUUUCACAAUAAGUCCAAAGCAGUUUUAUAUCGAUAGCCACGAUACGAAAAAGUUGAAGUGCACGUUUCGACCAAAAAUCGUUCCAAAUAUUUACUUCGUUGAGUUUGAAGCUAACGUUUAUUUUGGGACCACCAACAAUUCACGACUGUUGGCUAUGAAUGAUGCAUUUCAGAAUCACAUGUAUGUUGUUCCGAUGAAUAUUUCAUUAACAGUCGCAGGACAUUCUUCCGAUAAGCCUUUUAACGGAUGGAAAUCAACAUGCAAACUCAAAAACCGCGUGAUAGUAAUGCCACCGACCGUGCCAGCUUCUACACCCGUGUUCGCCACUUUGUUGAUUAAAAAAAUCGUGUAUGUACCGACGACGUUUGAAUUACGACCGCCCAAUAAAUCAAUGUUUUUGGCGAAACCCAUGAUGGGAAUGAUAAACAGCGAUUAUCAAAUUGUAGUGUUUCAACUGAUGAAAACGAGUAACAAAGAGUCGCUUUACGCCGAACGAUGGGAUGUAAUAUUCGACGGUUUCGAUAAUAAUUUGAUUAGCAUAGACAUCUACGCGAGUGCAGAAUUCGGGUGCGUGACAAUCGGCGAGUGGAAUCACGUGGUAGUGCCGGACGACGUUCAAGUGGGUUGCGAUAUGUGGAACGGGCACAUACCGAUAGUCAACAUGACUAGGCAUAGGUUACGGUAUUGCAUAGAAAUGAAUAGUCAACAUCACUCGGUGAACAAUGAGGUGAUAGAGUUUCCGCCUGAUAAGCGUCGUUAUUCGUGGAGUUUAGGGGCCAAAGAAGAAAUUGAUGACGAAGAGAUCGGUGUCGAAUACACAGACUAUUACACUGAAUUAGAAAUAGAUGCCGGAACGGAAAUGGAUGUCGGAUCGGAAAUGAUAGAUGACGGAUCGAAUAAAAACGCCAAAUCAGAAAUGGACGCGGAAUUAAAAAAAUACGCCAAACCGAAAAAGAACGCCGUACCGGAAAAGGAUACUGGAUCGGAGUAUGAUGAACCAAAAAGGAAAGCUGGACCUGAUGAGGACAACGAAUAUUCAUCAAUGAAUCAGAGCUAUGACGAGUAUUCGAUCAAUUCUACAACAGUGUCUGUGAAGAAAUUCGAACGACUGUCAUCGAUGCUACGGGGCGAAGUUAAGAGAUGUGAGAGGACGACACCGUGGCCGUUUGUGUUUUCGUUCGAUAAGCUAGUCGGCGAAUUGGGGCCAAAUGAAAGACGUAACUUGCGAUUAUCGUUCCGUCCGACAGAGUGCCUAACGUAUACGGCCGACGCAACAUGUUAUUUAACCUGCGACCACGACGACUAUCCCGAAAUUUUCAACGCGCUACCUGUCACCAUCCAAGGUACCGGAUGCAAAACGCGAUUCCAAGUAACGCCAGAAAAUUGUAAUUUGAACAAUGUAAUAAUUAACAUGGAAAGAAUACAAAGAUUUAUAAUCGAAAAUAAAAAUCGUUCUUACGCAAAAAUAAAAAUUGUUACAAUUCCAACAAGAUCUAUGAUUUGGUCUACUUCUAUAUGUAAAUUGAAUCCAGAAACUUUUCUAUUCACACCUCAACAAAAUCAAUGUAAAAUUGAUUUAUCCAUAUACCCUACAGAGUUGGGAUUUCAAAAGUUUUUCAUCAACAUACAGUUUGAUCCUAAAGUGGAAUCUUAUCAAGAAAACGAUUUUACAAUAACGGUCAGUAUGAACGUCAUAACAUGUAAAUUGCAAAUUUUAAAAAUAUCUAACGAUUCUAUACCUUAUUUCGGAAGAUUGACUCUGAACAAACUUUUUCAUUGUUUAAAAAUAAAUAACAAACUCGAUGAAAUUUAUACAAAAAAUACUUCACCAUUAAUAUGGACUAUACCUGCAAUUUCUGAAUCAACUACUUUUGACAUUCAAUUAUAUAAUUUUUCAAAAAUACCAAUAAGUUGGGGAAUAAAAUACAGCGAAUGCAUAAAAUGCACAUCGAAAAACAAAAACAAUAAUAAUAAUAAUAACCAUAAGAACUGUAGAUCUCUUUCCAAUAAGUGUGAACACUACAAAAGUAUUAAUAUUACUCCAACUGUUAACUUGAAAAUGAAUAACUUUUCAAAAAUACAAAUUGAAUUAAAUACUAUAACUAAAGAUGAAAUUAAUUUGAAUUAUAAAUGGUCAAUUGGAUUUUAUAAAUCGCUAUUAUAUAACACUGAGUUGCUAAUAAAACCUAAAACAUUCAAAGACGGUUUAAUUUCAUUUGAUCCGAAAUACGGAACAGCCGAUCAACUAGAAUUCAAUUUUUUACCAGUAUUCAUAGCUCAUCAUAAUCCACCAGCACAAGCUUUUUGGGUCUACAAUAGCAAUAAUUGUGAUGUAACAUAUUCGAUAAUUGAUGAUUCAUUAACACCUGCACAUCCAUAUUUUCGUUGUCUAAAUCCAAAUGGAGUAUUCAGCUCUAAAUCAGUACACCCAAUACUAUUUGUGUUUUCACCUAACAGAUUAUGUGCAUUUGAGGCUACCAUUAUGCUACUAACAAACAAUUAUUACAGACGCCAAAUAACCCUUUUAGGACAAGGUGAAUCGUAUACUAGAACCACUAUUUCACCAGGACAUGGUUUGUCAUCAUUUUUACCAAUGCAGAAUGAUAGAAAAAUAUUUUUAUCAACGGAAAAUAUAAUACUUAAACCAAUAUUAACACAAUCAAAUACUAAAUCCUUGUUUUGCCUGUAUAACAACAGUGAUGAAGAAAUUAUUUACGAGUGGAACGAGUGUACAGUUGACAAAAUACUUACAGCUAUUAUAUGUCCGAUUAAAGGAAAUUUGAAAAAAUAUAAAAGUCAAAUAUUUGAAAUGUCCAUUACUAGUUAUAAUGAACCAGCUAUCUUAACAAUUAUGUUAAAUAUUAGCUAUAAGCUAGUUUCUCAAAUUGAAAAUUAUGAACGGUCAUUAAAAAACUAUAAUAUAAACAAAAACAGACUUGAAGGGUAUUUUAUAAUCAACGAAUGCGGCAAUUAUAAACCAAAAUUAAACAUGAAAAUAGAAAAACAGCCGCAAGAAAAAUAUUUAGUUCUGUAUGCUUAUGUUAGAAUAAUCGAUGAAUUUAGUAAAUGGAUAAAUGAAGCAAAACAUAACAUAAAAAAGCAUAAUUUUCAACAAGAUAAGAGAAUUAUAAAACAAAAAUUAGUCUGUACAGAUAACUUUCGAAAUAUUUUAUGGGAUGUUGUAGAUAAAAUUUGUUCAAAAGAAAUUGAUAACAAGCCAUUAUAUUAUUACCAAUUAAAAAAUUCAAAACAAAACUAUCAAAAUGAUAUAUCAAAAACAACAAGAAAUAAUUUGGAAACUAUUUUAACAUCACUUAUUAGAGACAGUUUGAUUAACAUAUUCCCAUCAAAUACAUGGAAACAUUAA